AUGGGGUCCAUGUUCUCCAUCGAACUGGGGGAAGAUUGUCUACGGAUAACAGGGAAAACGAUUAAAUGCGACGUUGAAUCCUUCCCUAACGGAACUAUCUCUGCAUUUGGUGACUACAAACGGAGUCAGUUGCCUGGCGACCCUGACAUCGCAGGUAUCGGCGUCUUGGUCGGGUUCUUCGCCCCUUGCUUCUUGACUAUCAUCUUUGGACUCAUCGCUAUGUUCAAGAGCAGCUUCCGUCUGAAGCACCUACAUGACAGGUCGGGCUUGCCCUUCCGUAUUUAUGGUCUCAGCCUUCGGGGCCAAGCCUCGAAACCUGCAAUAGACGUAUCAGACGGCCGCCCAUCCAAACGCUUCGAGAGCAACGAGGUCCUCCUGACGUCCAUGGUAGCGUUUGCGGAUGCACAGAUGUUGCUCAUGCUUGCCUACAGUAUCAACUUCUGGCUACGCUCGCGAUGCAUCAUCCUGCUGUAUCAUUUCCGCGUCGUCCUGUAUAUGAACCUAACCUGUUGUGCCACUUUUGUCGUGAUUGCGCUGUGGCUCCCGGAGUUCUGGGGCCGUAGCGGCGCGCGCCAGAUGCUCAGCACAAUCCUUCGGACCCUCUUCAUGGCUGCCGUGUUCAUCCUCUGCAUCGUCAACUUGCUGGCCCAAGCCAACGUAAAGGAUGGCCGGUUCCCCGCUCGCGACCCGCGAGGCAACACAACGAGCAGCAUGAUGCUGCUCCCCACGGCUUGUUUUCUCGACAGACACGUGAGGCCAUACGCUCUACUAGAAAAUCGCACAGAAAUCUUGCGUGGCAUCGAACCCUACGAAAAUGCCAAUUCGCCCUCGCAAAUGCUGGAAUUCCGCUUGGCUUGCGCGCUGACCGUGUGCUUCCUGUUCGCCCUGGUCUGGCAGGGGGCAUACUGGUGGCUCAACAGAAAGUGGGAGGUGGGCAUCAACGACUCAAUAGCGAACAAACCUCGAAAACAGAAACGUCCUCGUUGCUGUGCAAAUUUUACUAUACUCAUCUGGGUCUUUGUGUGGUGUUUCUGCUUCGCUGUCACGACGUAUUCGUGUUACCACGUCUUCAGUCUUCGGAACUGGGUCGACAAAUCGGGAUGGCUCAGACCUUCGGACACUGGUAAUAACCCUGAGUCCGAGUUCGUGGGUGUGGGCCAGAUGGUUUCAGUUGUGACUAUUCUAGGGAGGAUCUUGAUAUAA